AUGCGAACGGGUGCCGUCCUCCAAUUUGCCGCCCUUGCAGGGCUCUCGGCUUCAACGUCUAUACCUCAAAUGAGGAACUUUGUCCGCAGCCAAGAUGAGAGAACUGUCACGCCAGAAGAGGUAGAUCUGAUGGACCUCUAUGCCUCAUACACCGCUUCUGCACCAUGCAAUAACGAGACAGCCAUUAGAGAUCCAGUAACUUGCUUCAAAAACUGUGAGAGAGCGGAACAAGAUGAGGCGAUUAUUGUCGGGUCCUACCUGGGUGAGGAGACCGAAUUCUUUGCGUACAUCGCCUUGGUUGAAAGCCGAAAACAGAUCAUUUGGGUGGGUAGAGGCAGUGCUACUCCCAAGAACUGGGAUACGAACUUCAACACAACGCUUAUCCCAAGCGACCUCAAGGACGGUGCCAAGAUCCACUCCGGCUUCAGCACCGCUUGGAAUGAAAUAUCCCACGAUGUCUUUGCUACCCUUGAAGAGCAAGUAUCCGAGCACCCAGACUACGAUAUCAUAAUUACCGGCGGUUCGCUGGGCGGUGCGGUUGCCACCAUAGCCGCUGCACACAUUCGCGCGGCUGGAUAUCAAGCUGAUCUUUACACAUAUGGUUCACCCAGGAUUGGCAACGAUGUCCUCGUCGACUUUAUCACUGGGCAGCCUGGCAAGUCGUAUCGGGUGACACACAGGCAUGAUCUGGUCCCACGUGUGCCGCCGCCCGUCAGUUUUUUGCCGGGUUGGGCGGAGUAUAGGCACGUCUCUCCCGAAUAUUGGCUUCAGGGUGAGCCCUCUGAUCCGAAUAACUGGCCCAUUAAAGACAUCAAGAUUUGCGAAGGGAACUGGAAUCGCUCAUGUAUCUCCACCCCGGGGAAUCCCAUAGAUUGGGACUUUGAGAGUCCAGGGAAUGAUCAUCUAAACUACUUUGGUUCUUUGACUUGCUGGAAUGAUGAAAAGGGCCCAGUUGAUCUCGCCCCCCCACAGCAUACUAUUGAAACCUUGCGGUCUAUUGUGGGUGACAAUCUAUCAUGA